GCAUGGACACCAGCAGCUAUUAAUGUAUUAUGGUCAGAACCAGUUUUCAAAACACCUGAUUCUAUUAUACUACUUCCUGCAUGUGGUCAAACAAUCAAAACAAAAAUUAAAAGGCAAUUGGAAAAAAGAAUUUGUGAUUUAGAAAAUUCAUUAAAAUCAACAAAAAAUGAACAUGAUAGAUUAAAUGAAAAAUCAACACAGAUUCAAAUGGAAUAUUUAGAAGCAGUUCACAAUAAAGAUCAAUUGAUAUAG